AUGAGCCAGCCACAGGAAAAGACAAUCCCUCCAGUGGAAGUGGAGACGAUGGAUGCCAAUAUCCAGAAACCACCCAUUGCGACCCUGUCAGCAGGUGAUCUGGAUGUCGGUGCAAGCUUGAUUCAGAAUCAUGACACUAGUUUCACUGAGGACGAGGAGAAGAAGGUUCUCAGGAAGAUCGAUUGGCAUAUCAUUCCUCUCGCUGCCUGGGCUUGCGGCCUUCAAUAUGUUGACAAGUCUGGACUUGGAGCUGCAGCAACAUACGGUCUUCGUGACGACCUGCACCUUGUGGGCCAGGAGUUUUCCUGGUGUGUUUCGAUGUUUUACUUCGGCUAUCUAGCAGGCUCCUUCCUGGCUGGUCGAUGCUUGCAGUAUUUCCAUGCUGGCAAGGUCAUCGGUGUUGCUUACUUCGUCUGGGGUUGCACCUUGUUGGGAUGCGUCGGUGCGAAAAACUUCGGAACGUUGCUUGCGCUCCGAUUCCUGCUUGGACUGUUCGAGUCAGCUCUCGUGCCUGGCACCACCAUGUGGUACAGACAGCGAGAACAAUCACUUCGCUUCGGUCUUUGGACUGCCACCAAUGGGCUUUUGCCGGUUCCCUUUCUGGUCAUCUAUUGGGGUCUCGGUCAUGUUGAGUCUGGCCCAUUGACCAGCUGGCGCUUGAUUUUCUUGUUACUUGGAUUAUUGAGCUGUGCCACUGGGGCCAUCCUCUAUCUCUGGAUGCCAGACUCACCCAUCACGGCAAAAUGGCUCAGCGAGAGAGAAAAGACCAUUGCCGUGAAACGUCUAGUUGAUGACCAGUUAGGAGUCAAGAACACCCAUUUCAAAUGGGCGCAAGCAAGAGAAUGCGCCACCGAUUGGCGGUUCUGGAUGAUGGUUCUUCAGAUGUUCUUCUCCCAGGCCGCAGGAAACGUCACCACGAAUUUCCUCGGGAUUAUCAUCAAAGGAUUUGGAUACACAGCAUUGAAGGCACAGCUAUACACAGCUCCAAACUUCGCCAUACAGUUCGCAAUGGUCCUGGUUGUUUGCGCCCCGCCAUCACUCAGCCCACGGUUCCGAAACAUGAAGCAAGUCAUAACAGCGACGGCCAGCCUUGUCGCCGUGAUAGGGAUUGUCCUAUUGUACGUGACACCGGCUGAGGAGCAGUACAAGACUCGUCGGUUGGCGUCAUGCAUCAUCAUCUCCUUCCACACUCCCAAUUAUACAGCCAUCAUGGCGACCAUUGGUAGCAACACAUCUGGAUUCACGCGGCGCCAGCUUUCGACCUCGAUGGCUUUCUUCCUCUACUGCGUCAUCAACAUUAUUACGCCUCAGACCUUCUUGGGCUCUGAGUCACCUCGAUACCAUACUGGUCUCGGAUUUGUCCUUGGGAUGCUCUCUGUGUUUAUCGUACUAGCAUACUCCACGGCACUCUUCCUGAAACUUGAGAAUAAUCGUCGUGACAAGAAGGCUAUGACCAAUCCGGAGUAUGCCGCCGGCGAAAAGAACUUCGAUGAAAUGUCUGGUCUUAGAGACCAAACGGAUAUUCAGAACAAGCAUUUUCGUUAUUCAGGAUAA